CUUCAGCACAACGUACACGGCAAAGAGCAUCACAUGUCAUGAGAGGAUUCUCUGACUAUAAAGCGCCAAUUAAAGCUGCCAGAGUACCCAAGGUGCCUUUUUUAUCUAUGAAUAUCUUUCCAAGUAAGAUAGAACUAUUUCAGUCUUGCCGGUCAUCUUUCGAUUGUCUUAUGUUCAUUGCUCACAGCAGAUGCGAUUGGACUGAAAGAUUGUGUAUGUGUGAAAAGUAUCACGUCCCCUUCAAUAAUACUAUGUGUUUGCCAUCUUCACUUUUAGGUUCCAGAUGUUUGUUAGAUAGCCAAUGUCGAAUGAAAGUUGCAAAUAGUCAAUGUGUAGACGGCAUGUGCCAAUGUGAAUUAGAUCAUAUCCCUUUGCGAAGAGAUAAGUGCAUUCCUCCCGCAAGACUUGGAGAAUAUUGUUUAAAUGACAGACAGUGUCAGUUAGCAGGAAGUUACACUCAUUGCAAAAUGAUAAUUCCACGAAUUUAUGGAAAAUGUGCCUGCCCUUACGGGUAUUACUAUAAUGAUGAAGGUCGAUGUUUACCUUAUUUGGGAAGUUUUUGUGAUAAACAUGUUGAUUGCGAGGAGGUUACUUCCAACUCAUUUUGUCAACGUACUGGAAAAUCAAAAGCGUUCUGUGAAUGCAAGGAUGGAUUUAAAAAGUCGCCAAAUAAAAUGAAAUGUGAACCUAUUCCAACACUUCCUCCUGUUCAACUUUUGGAUGCUUAUGAUAACGUUACCAUUGAAGAAGUUUCCUUAGGUAUGCCAUGCUACACGACGGAUCAAUGCCAAGGAAGCGAUCCAAAUAGCAUCUGCAAAAACGGAAAAUGCGAAUGUAUCGAUCCUGAUGACACCUGCAAUUCAAAACACCCAGGUUGUCCAAAAGAUACUUUUCAGUGUCGUAAUGGACAAUGCAUUUCUUGGUAUUAUGUCUGCGAUAAAUCUACAAGUUGUAGAGAUAAUAGUGAUGAAGACGUGUGUAUAAAACAUAAGUGUCCAAAAGAAGCUUUUCAAUGUGACGAUGGAACGUGUUUAUCCCGAUCGCAAGUAUGCAAUGAUUUGUGGGAAUGUCCAGAUGGAAGCGACGAAGCUAGAUGCUAUAAAGGCAUCAAAUGUGAUAAAAAUGCUUUCCAAUGCAAAAACGGACAAUGCAAGCCGCCAUAUGCACUAUGCAACGCAGUUCAAGACUGCGAUGAUGGUAGUGACGAAUUGGAUGAAGUUUGUUAUUAUGGAAAAAAGUGUCCCAAAGAGGGUUUUUUGUGCAAUAAUGGCCAUUGCAGAUCAACUGCUGUUUUGUGUAGCGGUCUAGAUGGAUGUGGAGACAACAGUGAUGAAACUAACUGUGAAGUCUGCCGUUGCAAGAAACCGUAGCUGAUGUCAGUAUAAACGAUGACCAAAAGCAUUCCGGAUCGGAGUUGAUAUUUUUAAGAAAAGACUGGAAUAAUCCUACUGGAAAGAUGUUCCUUUCUACAGUAACUUAUUUUGUGAUGUGUGUUACCACUUUUUCAUUGUCUGUGCCGUUGCAUUUAUUUGUAUCAUCUCAUCUAUGAGUUAAGGGGCUUGACCACGGAAGAUGGCGCGUGAACUCGAAGCGGAAAUGGAUCACUUCAUUUUGUAAUAGGUAGGAUCAGGAAGAACGCGAGAUUACUGCUUGCGCGUUCUCUUUCACGCGCCAUCUCUUCGUGGUCAAGCGUUCGUUGGUUUAAAUCAAAGAUGCGAAGAUUGGUUAUGUUCAACGUUUUUCAAAACCAAAACUGCCAUCGAAAAGUAGGAUAAAAUGCAAGUGAAUAUUAACCACCUACUUUUACGACAGUAUUACUCCUUCUAUAAUUAAAAAGGCUGAAUUCGUUACUGAAUUACCCGGGCCUGAAUUCCAGCACUGGGAUUUGUAUUUUUUCGAUGAGAUCAAGUUCAGGAAGUAAUAAGGUAACAAAUUUAGUUCUAAUUUAAAGGAUGUCUUUGUGUGACAAGAGAAGUCAGAAUGUAAUUUAAUGAUGUAUUGAUUGCGAAAAAAAAAAGCACUGCCAAAGUUUUAUUUAUUCAUUAUUUUAUAAUUUAAAUCGAAUUUUAUUCUUUUAAAUCAGGGGUCUUCAACCUUUUACACUUUAGGGGACCCUUUGAGCUUACCGUUUUAUUGAAGAAACCUCUCGAUGAGAUAUAAAAAAAAACUAUGUCAAGGCUUUAUUCCACUCAAAUUUACAAACGUCUUAAUAAGGUAAUUGAUAUAUUCUAUGUUAUUGCUAUCUGUAUUAUAUAAUAAGCAAAACAACAAAUAAAAUAUGUUUACAUUUGUUUCUAUAAAGAAACUGCCUUUAGAAAUUCAAUCUCUUAAAAAAAAAUUUUAAUUUUACUAAAAUGUUAUCUCUUUGUUUUAGAAAACAGUGA